CGUAAAGCUCCAAUGGGAGCAUCCUCACGCAUUUCAAGGUCGUUGCAACAAAUUUCUCAGCCGGAUUCGAUUCGCUUCCUCCCAACAUGUCCACCAUUUUACUCGUAUAUAAACACUAGCAAAACUUUUCAACUGCACUACUAGCAGUUGUUUUGGUAUAUUUAUUUCGUUUCAUCGGUAAACGUAAAACCUCUUGCUUUCUCACUCUGUUCCAAUUACGAGCGUCUUUGUUUGUGGCGAUAUGGCUAUCCGAAGAGCGAUGUCAGGGGGGCUCAUGGGGCGGACGGCGGUCCUUGGAGAGAGAUCCAUGUCGUCUUGGUGGCGUAGCGUGGAGCCUGCUCCGAAGGAUCCGAUUCUUGGUGUUACGGAGGCUUUUUUGGCCGAUCCCAAUCCCGAUAAAGUCAAUGUUGGAGUCGGUGCUUACCGUGAUGAUAAUGGAAAGCCGGUCGUUUUGGAAUGUGUUAGGGAAGCCGAGCGAAGGAUUGCUGGAUAUUUGAACAUGGAAUAUCUUCCUAUGGGAGGAAGUGUGAAGAUGGUGGAAGAAACACUAAAGUUGGCCUAUGGAGAGAAUUCUGAGUUGAUAAAAGACAGAAGGAUAGCAGCAGUCCAAGCUCUGUCUGGGACUGGCGCAUGCCGACUUUUCGCGGACUUCCAAAAGCGUUUUCGUCCUGAUUCCCAAAUCUAUAUACCAGUCCCAACUUGGGCCAACCACCACAACAUCUGGAGAGAUGCUCAGGUCCCGCAGAAAACUUACCAUUAUUAUCACCCUGAAUCUAGGGGUUUAGAUUUUGCAACAAUGAUGGAUGACAUCAAGAAUGCUCCAAAUGGCUCAUUCUUUCUACUUCAUGCUUGUGCUCAUAACCCUACUGGUGUGGAUCCUACAGAGGAGCAGUGGAGAGAAAUCUCACACCAGUUCAAAGUGAAAGGUCAUUUUGCCUUCUUUGACAUGGCAUAUCAAGGUUUUGCUAGUGGUGAUCCAGAGAAAGAUGCAAAGUCCAUCAGGAUUUUUCUUGAGGAUGGUCACUAUAUUGGAAUUGCCCAAUCGUAUGCAAAGAAUAUGGGACUCUAUGGCCAGCGGGUAGGAUGCCUCAGUGUGCUUUGCAAAGAUGAAAAACAAGCAGUAGCUGUGAAAAGUCAAUUGCAGCAGCUUGCAAGACCCACGUACAGCAACCCACCUCUUCAUGGUGCACUCAUAGUUUCAACCAUUCUUGGUGAUCCAGACUUGAAGAAACUAUGGCUCAAAGAAGUUAAGGUCAUGGCAGAUCGCAUAAUCGGAAUGCGAACAGCUUUACGAGGGAACCUUGAAAAGCUAGGGUCACCAUUAUCAUGGCAGCACAUCACUAAUCAGAUAGGGAUGUUUUGCUAUAGCGGGUUGACACCGGAACAGGUGGAUCGCUUGACAAAUGAAUUUCACAUCUAUAUGACUCGCAAUGGUAGAAUCAGUAUGGCUGGCGUUACAACGGGCAAUGUUGAAUAUUUGGCUAAUGCGAUUCAUGAAGUCACAAAAUCCGCAUAGAAUUGCUAAGCAAGAAGGACGAGUGAGCGAGCAUCACGCAUGCCGUACUUGGAGUAUUCUGCAGCAUCAUUUCUCCAUUGAACUGUUCUUAGAAUAGAAAGAGGUAAAACAUUUGAUCUCAAAUCUGAUUGUCAAGAAAGGGCAACGACAGUCGGUGGCGCUAUUUAAUUAGCCUUUUUGUAGUUAGAAAUAAAACGGUGCACCAAGUAUUUUUGAAAGCAUAGUUACAACGCUGAAUAAUUACAAUGUAACGAAUUCGUGGCAGCUAAAGUUGAUGCCAAAGGAUGUAUGGUGUUCUAAUUUUUACUGAUCAAAUAUCUUUAUGACAUGGCCAAGUCCAUUAAGAUAAAAUAAAAGUGGAAAUUUAGUGAUAAAAAA